AAACCAGGAGCUCAAACUCAAACAAGCCAUAGGCAUAGCAGGGAAGCUAGAAAGCGCAAAGCGUAUACACUCGCAAGUCGCAAACACAUGCUGCCGCUAGUGAACAAGAUGCAGGCUACGCCGGAGAGGGAGAUGAGCAGGCAGCAGCAGAUGAUGACCAAGGUGUCCAUCUCCAUCCUGGUGAUGGCUCUGCCGGUGCUCUACGUCUCCGUGCUCCGCGUGCCGCCGGCCACGCUCUUCCGGGACACCACCUUCUGGUUCCUCAUGUCCAACUCCAUCAUCGUCGUCAUCGCCGCCGACUCCGGCAUGCUCUUCUUCGGCUCCUCCGCUUCCGCUUCCCUGGGCAGCGUCGACGACCGCCCCUUCGUCGUCUCCAACUACAACGGCGACGCGGCCGCGGUGCCAAUGGUUAGCGUCUCCAGCGACGAGCCGCUGCUGCCUGUGGUCGUCAUCGAUGACCAACCGCUGGUUGUCGCGAAGGACGUCGUCGUCUAUGGCGACACGGCAGUCGACAGCCAUGCACACGCAUUGGUUGUACGAGGCGACGAAGAUGUUCGGCCGAAGAUGGCCAUGCCCAGCACACCGUCCUCCGCUUACGCCACCGGUGACUGUGAGGGUGACGACGACGGUGUGACGGUGAAAGCAAGGCUGACGGCGAGCAGGAGCCUGGCGAGGGAGGAGAGGGCAGCGAGGAGGCGGCGGAGCAGGUCCCACUCGCACGCGCUCGUGCCCGACACGGUGGUGCAGGACAAGAGCGUGGUCGUGGUGAGGGACGAGAAGCUCCGGCGCACGGCCACGGAGGGCCGGCGCCGGCCCACCGCCGCAGAGGAGGAGGAGAGCGAGUACUACGCGCGGCUCUCCGACGAGGAGCUCAACCGGAGGGUGGAGGACUUCAUCACCAGGUUCAACAGGGAGAUCAGGCUGCAGGUCGAGAAGGAGGACCUACAACAAGCCUGAUCGAUCAUGAAACCCCAGUUCAGUUCAGUUCAGUUCAUGACGGUCGGAAAAAAAAUCCUGCCUUCCAAACGGGACCUCAGCCGAAGCUUCGCGCCGCCAUGUCGAUCGCGGUGGCGCGCUGCCAUGUACAUGUUGUUCUUAGGAGGUUGGGGGUACUAGCUGGGUAGUAGCUUGGUAAGGAGCUUCCUCUUUUUUUGGGGUAGAUCUUCUGGUGCAGAUGGAGUGAGAGUGAGAGUGAGAGGUACAUCAGCACCAAAGAGAGAUUGUAGCACUUGAUGAGGCUUUGUAUUUUGCAUGCAUGAGAACAGUGAAUAAACUAAGAGAGAGGGAGCAAGAGAGAUGGAUUAGUAAUAUA